UUUGAACUUAGAAAGACAGUCUUCCGUCGAUCACGGCAUCCAAUAGACUUACAAUGCACAUAAUAUUUAAUUCUUUACUAAUUAUAUUCCAAGUGAUAUGCAUUGUACUAGUUAAUGCAAGAAACACCAUUAAAAAUGAGUUGUCGGGCAUAAAAAUUGGUAUUUUACCAGAUAGAACCAACCGAAUUGAAGACAUCUAUCUACGUUUUUAUAAUGGGAAUUCUUUCGAAGAAUACGUGGACAUCCCGCUGCACCAGGCUUGUAAACUCAUCGAGAUCAAAGGCUUCGAUAACAACAAUCCCACAGUCCUAUACAUCCAUGGCUUUAUCGAGACUGCUCAACAGGAAAGUGUACAGGUCAUGGUGAACGCGUACUUAGAAGCAAGACCGGAUACCAAUAUCGUAUUAUUAGACUGGUCUAAUAUGUCUCAUGGCAAUUAUUUGGUUAACGCUGCUAGGAACACGAAAAAGGUUGGAGCUGCAGCAGCAGAAAAUCUAAACAAACUCAUAGAAGCUGGACUAUCAAUAGAUAAAUUUCAAAUUGUAGGCCAUUCCCUCGGCAGCCAUGUCGCCGGCUAUCUUGCGCGGGAUCUCAAAAAUAAACACAGCAAAACUAUAAAAAGAUUAACAGCUCUUGAUCCAGCAUUCCCGGCAUUUUACCCGGACGGGGUCGUUAUGGACCAUGUCACAGAAAAAGACGCAGACUUCGUCGAUGUGAUACACACAGAUGCUGGCGGGUACGGCGCCCCGGUCCGAACCGGCACGGCAGACUUCUGGCCGAACGGAGGGAAAAGUAUCCAACCGGGGUGCCCGAGAUUUGCGCCUAUACCACUAACCGAUGACAAUUUAUGCAGUCACUGGAGGUCAUGGCGAUUUUACGCAGAGUCUAUCCGGAACCCUGAGGCGUUCCCAGCAUCGCCUGCGGAUUCUUACCAUAAAUUUAGAGAAAAUCAGACACCAGAAGUUGGCAUGGUUUUCAUGGGAGCUAACUGUGAUAGCAAUGCCCGAGGGUCUUACUAUUUAACGACCAACGCAGAGUAUCCAUUUGGCAAAGGAAUGGGCGGUAUAUAUUCCAAAAAUAAAAAUACGAGGAAUAAAAAAUCAUAACCUAGGACUAUAACAAAGUACUUACUUACUUUAUUGUAAUGUUACUGACCGUAGUGGUCAAAAAUACCAUUUGAUGAACAUUGAUGUAGGUAUAAAGGUGAUCGCACACGGUCGCAAGAUCCGCAAGGAGGUAAUGUAUUUUUAAGCAUAUAUACUUACCUACUAGAAAAGUUAAAGGAAAACGUGAGGAAACCUGUUUGCCUGAGAGUUCUUCUGACUUCAGCAGCAUGAGUCGACCAAAAUAACCGCUUGCCCCACAUUUCUUCGACGCGUCCUAUUGGGCUGACUCGUUCGUUCUUUUGCCUCUUGUAAGUCUUGUCGUAUGCGAUCACACAUACUACAAAUUUCUCAAAACGUACCUGCACCUUAGACUGUAAGUUUAAACUUAGGAUUUGUUAGAUACUUAUUAAGGUUAUAAUCUCACAAUUGACGGUCUAGACAUUCAGCUUUAAGAAUUCAUUCACACAGGCUGCGUAAGCGUAGACGUAGCGCAUACCAUUGCGUUGUAAUGUAUGGAACUGUAUGAAACAUGGCAUGCCACUUGCGUGGCGUGAACGUUCACGUGGACGUAAUACGUGCAGUUACGUCUACGGGAUCACGCGAGUCACUACGCACGUGUCACGUGUACGUGCUGCAUCCGCAAUUGGUGUGAAUUGGCCAUAAAAACGUCAUAAGUAGUUAUAAAAACGAGUACCUACCUUGAUGUCAAUAUGGUCGAACUAUAAAAUAAUUAUUAUUACCUACGAAAGUCGUGACUUUCAGCAAAAGUCUAUAUCAGAACAUAAAUUACGCACAAUGCAGUAGACGCUCACAAAAUUGUAUAGCAAUUAACGAAAUUGUAAUUUCUGUGUUAAUAAGUAUAUUGUAAGAUUUUAUACAAAAUAAAUCGACCAAAACUGACUA